AUGGCAGACCCACACGCUGGGCCCCGCACCCGGCGGCGUUUGGCGGCGCGCCUGCGUCCCACCGAUGUCAUCUGGGGUACUUGCCUGGCCCUGUGCGUCCUCACCCUGACGUUGUACGGCUGGCACCUGCGCUCCCGCAUCACUGACAGCGCGGAGGAGGGGCCCUUCGCCAGCCGACAGACGCACCGCCCGCCGCCGUACAGCACGGCACCCCUCCUGGUAUCGUACGCUUUCUAUGAGAAGGAUACCAUCCAGCGUACCAACCUGGAACACUUCCUCCAGCACGGCUGGGUGUCCCCCCCGGGGGAGGUGCAGCCGGUGACCUGGGUGUUCGUGGUGACGGGGGACCUCUGCUCGCCGUGCGUCAGCGCCUUCCCGCUCACGACGCCACUACAAGCGGACCCAGACAUGGGUAUCACCCGGGCCGCCCGGGUCGACGGUGACCCGGAGGACCGCCACCUCCACCUCACCGGCAGCAGCAGCAGACGUCGGCCCGCCCGCCCCGGCGGCGGGGUCCCCCAGCUGCUGUCCGGACCGCACGGGGCCCCCGAGGCGGGCCCCACUCUGUUGCUGUGGCGCAGUGAGAACGUGGGUAUGGACCUGGCGGCCCACAACACCAGUCUGGAGUACCUCAGGCGCCACGGGGGGGGGCUCAGCCGUUACCGCUACUUCCUCCUCCUGAACAGCAGUGUGAAGGGGCCCUACUACCCGGCCUACCUGCCCACCUGGUGGCACUGGACCCACGCCUUCCUGGAGAGGUUCCAACCACUGCCACAGGGAGAUCCCCGGUGGACGUAUCCCCCGGUGCUGGAGGUGCUGCCCCCCGGCACUCCCACCGGGCCCUACUCCAGGCGCCGACCCAUGGGUCCCGCGGUGGUGCGGGCGUCCUGGGCGGUGGCUCUGGACCACGUGGCCAUGGAGCUGGUGAUCAGGCGGGGGGUGCUGAAGGUGCGCACCUGCAAGACGUGUGGGGACAAGGAGGAUGGGAUCAUCGUGGGUGGGGAGUACGGCAUUACGUCCGUACUACUUGAGCAGGCGGGGUACAACGUAGCCACCCUCAUGUCCAAGUAUGCGCGAUGCGGCCGCCGUCUGUCGCCGCUGCCAGCCUAUGGGCGCACGUGCAAGGGCCCAUGCCGUGACGUGUUGUGCGGAAAGGGGGAGACCUUGCCGGUCUCCGCUGUUGGCACCGUGUGCGGUGAUAGGCGUGUGAGGGUGCCGUGCACGCCAGGUCCUGAAAAGCGCCGCCAGGGGGUUCCCGGCGCUGAUGUAGACUGGCGUGACGAGCGGCACUGGGGAUGCAACGAUAUGGUCCAUCCCUCCCGGCACGGCACGUACGACGGCAUUGCCUUCCAUCCGUACGAGACGAUCUUCGUCAAGUCCAGCUGGCACGUGGCCGAUCCGUACACUCGGCGGUACAGCUUGUGGAUGACUCAGCACCGGGAGGGCGAUGCGGGUACGGAUGGCGAGUGGAACGAGAAGCUGUACCAUUACGCGAUCAGCCCCGAGGCCCAGAUGUCCAACCUGCUGGAGGCGGCCUACAACGUGGAGAAGGUUCGAGAGACGCUGGCCAAGCACCGGGAGCAGGAGGACAAGAGCUUGGCGGAGGAGCAGCGGGUGGCCGAGGAGCGGGCCGUGUCGCUCAACGUGUAG